GCACAUCUCCGACUUCUCCACCGAAUUGGGAGAUAGAUAAAAACAAAACUUUUUUUUAAUCCUUCCUCUCUAUUAAUUACCAUGUCUGAUUCCCCAUCAAACGGCGACGGCUCUGUGGUGCUCCCACUCACCGGCGACGACAAUCACGUCGUCUCUCUCAAUCCGGCUUCACAGCUCCCCACGAAGUUAAACAAAAAUAACUUCCCUCAGUGGCGUGCACAGCUGCUAACUCUUCUUCGUGGUCUGGAUUUGCUGUCAUUUGUUGAUGGCACAAAAACAUCACCGGCAGAAGACGCUCCUGGACGCAAUCGGUGGUAUCGUCAAGAUCAAUUGAUCUUACAUGCUAUAUUGUCCUCUGUAUCUGAUGUGGUGUCUCCCUAUAUCUCGGCAUCAAUCACCGCCCGUCAAGCAUACUCCGUUCUUGAGAGAAUGUAUGCAGGCAAUUCUCGAUCUCGGAUCAUUGGUUUGAAGACCCGGCUUGUGCAAGAAAGACAAGGCAAUCGUUCUGUCUCUGCUUUUCUCCAGGAGAUGAGAACCAUAUGCACUGAGCUAGCUCUCGUUCAAGCACCAGUUGCUGAUGAAGAUCUUGUCCUUAACAUUUUACGAGGGUUGAACUCUGAAUUUGGCCCUCUCGCUGCUGCCCUUCGUGCUCGUGAGAACCCGAUUGAUGUCGAAGAUCUCCAUGAUAGGUUGGUGGAGUUUGAAACUGACCUUGCUGCCAACCGACACUCUCCCACAACAGCCUUUUCUAUUCAUCGUGGGAGUGGUGGUGUACGAGGAGCAGCGCGUGGCCGUGGCUUCUCUCCUUCCAAGCAGCCCUCUCAUCAAAGGCAAUUUCAGCACCCUCAACAAACUCUUCAUCGACAAUUUUAUCAAGGACAGUCACCCUCUUCCCUUCAAUCAAUUCAACACCACCAACAACCGUCCCGUGGCAAUAUCAUUGACUUUACUAGUCAUCAACAGAGUGCUGGUCGUGGUGGAAGAGUGAGGAUCUUUUGUCAGUUCUGUGACAAACCCGGGCACACUGCAAAAGAGUGCUACAGUCUUCAUGGACGCCCUCCUGCUCAAGCUUAUCACACCUCUGCUGCUCCUUCCAGUCCCGGUUGGCUAAUGGACUCCGCAGCGACCAACCAUAUCACCCCAGACCUUGGCAAUCUUUCUCUUUACACAGACUACAAUGGCCCGGAUGAGGUUCUUGUCGGCGACGGUACAGGACCUGUCCACGGGGGCGCAACUACUCCGAGGCCAGAUUAAAGGGGAUGUGUACGAGCUGCCACCGGAUGUAAAGACCGUCCGCUUAGCACUUGCCACUACUACAACUUCAUCGACUGUCUGGCACAAUCGACUGGGACAUCCACAUCCUAGGCUGCUCUCUCGUGUUUUGCGCUCUCAAGCUCUUCCUGUUUCCAUUUCUCCGGCUUCCUUUUCUUGUGAUUCCUGUUUGGUAAACAAAACUCAUAAGCUUCC